AUGGAAUUAGCACCAUCUACUGAUUGGUUCUCCACAACUGUUAGUGAUAUAGAAGCAUUGGGGAAAUUUUUUAGUGAUCCUAAUCUUGAACAAAAUUGGAACGAUGAAAAUAUUAAAAAAGUUCAAUUGGCUUUUGUCCAUGUUUAUGAGCAAAGAAACGGUAAUUUAAAAUUUAUGGAGGCACUUUAUCCUCUUGUUAAAGAUCAUAAUAAAUUUCCAAUUGCAGUGGCAAAAUGUUACCGUAGUGGAAGUUUAGAUUCAACAACUCUUCAUUAUUAUCUUACACAUUUUAUUGAAGAUUACCGUAUUGGUGAUUUAUUAAGUUUUUAUAAUUUUAUAAAAUAUUAUUUUCCUGUAAAGGCACGUCAAAUAUUAAAACAUACAAAGAUAGCAGAAAUAAAUGAUCUUUAUUAUGAUGGAAGUACAUCUGCUGUCAUAUUUACUCACGAUGAGAUUUCUGAACCUUUAGUUUUUAACGAUGAACUUAGUUUAUCAUUUUUUAUGUUAAUUAUGUAUGAAUUGUUUGCAAAUCCACAAAAAAAUGGAGAACGUUUCUGGAGGACAUUUUUCCGUCUUAUAUUUGGCUGUAAAACGCCUCGAUGUGGUCUACCAGUUUUAUAUCACACUUUCUUUGAAACUAUUCCACCAAAGCCGGAUGACUGGGAAAAAAAAGCAAGUGGAACAUGUACCUUAAAAAAAACAGGAAUUAAAUCGGCAAAAGUAUCAAAAAAAAGAAAAUAUGGUGAAAUUGAAAAAAUGACUGUUGAUUUUUUAACGAGUUUUGAAAAAGAUCAAAUGCAUUGUGAUGAUGUACCGGUAACUAUUGCAUUUAAUAGCUUAACAAAUCAAUUUAAUAAUGCAUCUAGUAUUGCUUCAAUUGAAUAUUGGAAAACAAAAUAUGAAGCUGAACGUUUAAAAAAUAUAUCUUUGGAAGAUAAAUUUAAUAAAUAUGCUGAGUCGCGCGAAGCUGAAAUCACAGAAUUACGAAGUAGAUUUGAUGAGUAUACAAAACAAAUUACUAUAAAAUUUGAAAGAACAAAAAGAGAUUAUGAAAUAAAAGAAAAGGAACUUAUGAAAAAACAAAGUAGCAUGCGACUUUUAAAACGACCGGAUCGUCAAUCUCAUCCAACUGUUGUUCUUUUUCCUAGAAGGCCUGUAAUAUCACAAAAAACUACAUUAAAAACAGCCAAUCCAUGUCCCACACAAGUAAUACCGUUUAUGAAAAUUAGAAAAUUAAAUGAUUCAUUAAGUCAAACUACAUCUGAUCUACCAACGCAGCCGCCACCUAGAUCAGUUGUAAGAGAAAAUAAUUUACUCAGAUUAAAUGCAAAUGAACGAAGUACACAUUUUAAAAAUACUCUACCACCUAGUAUUUCAAAAAGUCGUGAAAAUCUAAUAAAAUCACCCAACUUGAGUAGAUAUCAUUUAAAUGAUUCAUCGGAAAUUAAAGUAGAAGUUAAUUCUACUUUUGAAAAAAAAAAUCAAACAAGAAUUAAUACAAUAGAAAAUUCUCGAACUGCAAACACUGAUAGCCUAAAAUGUGAUGAAACUAUAUUAGAAUCUCCUACCUCCUCACACGAGUCAACUCCACUGUCAACAAACAUCUUAUUUGAAAUUCGAAAAGAGUUAGAGAAGAUAAAUCCUCCAAUAUCACCAGCGUCAUAA